CUGGAGGAAGGCAAGUAUCACAAACUACCGUACCUUACCGCAGCAGAGAAGACGACCUCCUCCAUUCAGCCACAAUGAACUCCAUCCAACUGCUCGCAGCAGCGUUCGUGCUUGGCCUGGUCGGACUGACCAGCGGCCAGCUCGUCUCGCCCGGCGUCUGCCAGGACUUUCCGGUGCACGUGAACUUCGAUGUGCCGCGCUACCUUGGCCUGUGGUACGAGAUCCGCCGCUACGAGCAGGUGUUCCAGCGUGGUGGUGAGUGCGUUACCGCCGAGUACUCGCUGAACGACGAUGGCAGCGUGCGCGUGUUCAACUCGAUGCUGGUGCCGCCCGGCCAGGUCCGCCAGUCCGAUGUGGGCCGUGCCGUGGUUGCCUUCCCCGAUGAGUCGCCGCUGGAGGCCAAGCUGAACGUUACCUUCGAUGCGACUGCCACCGACAUCUCCGCCAACUACUGGGUGCUGGGUACGGACUACGACAGCUACGCCGUCGUGUGGGGCUGCUUCGGAGUGGGCACGACGCUGCGUGCCGAAAGUGCCUGGAUCCUGUCCCGCACGCCCACGCUGACGCCGCAGGCUGAGGCCGAGGUUCAGCGCUACGUCGACCUGUACCUGAGCGAGGAAGACCUUCGUCCGACCGUCCAGAACUUGGACUUCUGCUGCACGAUCGAUCCGGAAGUUACCGCUUACCCGCAGUGCCCAACACAUAUGAGUGCAUUAUCGACGGUACUGCUGCUAGCGGGCCUAGUGGCCUGUGUUGCCGGGCUGCUGACGGACGAAGCCUGCCCACAGGAUGUGACGGCGAUGAGUGGCUUUUCGCUGAACGAUUACGCCGGCCGCUGGUACGAGAUCAAGCGGUACGAGCAGUUCUACGAGAAGGAUCUGGACUGCGUGGUGGCCGAGUAUCAGAAGACGGGCGACAACAGCAUCUCGGUGAAGAAUGGUGCCUUCAGCCUGGCGAACAAUACGCGCGUGGUGGCGGACGGUACGGCCGUCGUAUCCUACCCGGACGAUACGACCCAUCCGGCCAAGCUGAGCGUCGCGUUCUUCGGAGCAAAGCCCGAUCGUAGCAACUACUGGGUGCUGGACACCGACUACACCUCGUUCGCCGUCGUCUGGUCCUGUGAGCCAUUCUUCCGCGAUCCCUCCAAGAAUGUCCUCGGUUUCUGGAUCUUCUCGCGCAACCCAACCUUCCCGACCGACGAAGCCGUGGUGAAGCGCGUGGACGAGCUGGUGAAGAAGUAUGCCGACGCGUCCAAGUUCGAAGUGCCGAACCAAUCGGACGAACGAUGCCCUCGAUCACCUUGGAUUGUACAGUUAAUUGAUCGUAAUGUUCAUGUAUACUACGUACCGUUCGUCAAGCUGGUUAGUGAAUCGCACCAGACUACGAUCGAUGUACCGCCGCAUGAUGUAGUGUAUGCGGAACAGCACGUCCGUGUCGGCGGGCAGCGUUGGCGUUCGGGACAGCACCCAGAAGCUUUCCUCCGACUGUUCCUCGCCACGCGGUUGACAGUUCCAGACGACCGAAAACGUCUCAUAAUCAUGGAGAACAGCCUUAAAACCGCCAACUUACGUGCACCGAAGAAGGACACGUUCAGCUUGCCCUGCACGACCUCCUCGUCCGGGAAGGACAGCACCGCCCGGCCGAGCGCAUUGAUCGACGAACCGUUGAACAGGUUGUAUCUGUCCACCUCGAAGUACUGCUUCACCGGCACGUUGGUCGGGCAGGGACGGUCGAACAUGAGCCCACCGUACACGGCACCGGCCAGCAGGCACACGAUGGCCACCGAAAACAUUCUUAUCUAUGCAAAUGAUAUAAAAAGGAGAUGUGCCACCAGCGCCGCCCAUGGGAUACGAAGACACAUUGGCAGAAAGCAAGUUUUUGUUCGACAGUUUAAAGUUACAUCGGUGAAAAUGUUGAAGCAAUUGGUUUGUGGCGCCCUUUUCCUGGCCACCCUGGUACAGGGGACGAUUUUCGAGCGACCGUGCCGUACGGAUGUUGCCGUUGUGCAGGACUUCCAGGUGGACCAGUAUCUCGGCCUGUGGUACGAUCUGGAACACUACGAGGCCAGCUUCGAGCAGAACACGGAUUGCGUAACGGCCGAGUACAGCCGAUACGCGGACGGUUCGAUCCGGGUGUUCAAUUCGGCCGUCCGGCUCACCGACGGGCUGCUGUACGCCGUGGACGGACUGGCACUGCUGAGCUACCCGGAGGCGGAAGUGCUGGAGGCAAAGCUGAACGUUUCAUUCUACGGUGCACCGAAUGAUGAAUCAAACUACUGGAUAUUGGAUACGGACUACGAGAACUACUCGAUUGUGUGGAGCUGCGAACCGAUCGGAGAGGAACGAUCGCUCGAAUACUAUUGGCUGCUUUCCCGCACCCCAGCGCUGCCGGAGGACGAAGAGCUGAGGGAAAGGAUUGAAAUGAUCAAGGAGCAGAACGGCAUCAUCGACGAUGAGCUCAUCAUUACGGAACACUUUGCCGAAGGUAAAACAGUGAACAUGUUAGCAUUAGCCGUGCUGAUCGUCAGCAGCCUGCAAGUGGCAGUGGGAUUUGUGGUACGCGAUGGAAACUGCACACUGGCCACGGCAAAUCUGCCAUUUGUGAAAGACUUUCAGCUGGAACAGUAUCUUGGCAAGUGGUACGAGCUGGAACGGUACGAGCAGGACUACGAGCGUAACAUGGAGUGCGUGUCGAUCGUGUACCGAUGGCAGCAACCGCUCGAAACGCUCGACGUGAACUAUCGUGGCUAUCUGCCGCACAAUGGUACCGUCAACACCUUCACCGGCAGCGGCGUAUUCAACCAGGAGCCGGCGCAGGAAACCGCUAACACUACUACGGCACCUACCACGGCUGCUAAGCUGCUCGUAUCGUUUGGCAGAGUGUACAAUGCCACCAACUACUGGGUAGUGGAUACGGAUUACGUCAACUACGCGAUCGUGUACUCCUGCGUGACGUUCGCCGAGAUGGGUCAGGCCGUCGAGGGCUACUGGCUGCUGGCACGCACACCCAACCUGCCGGACAACCAGACCGUGAUCGAGCGCGUCAAAUACCUGCGCUCCACGUACUUCCAGGUGUCGCACAUGCGCUUCACAAACCACACCGAGGAACUACUGGACAUCAUGUCGUUCGUACGGUGUUUGUUUGUGGUGCUGGUGGCGGCCGGCUCGAUUGCGCUGGCUCAACGGAUCGUCAGUCAACCGUGCCCGGACCCGGCCAACCAUCCGGUCGUGCAGUAUUUCGAUCUGCAAAGGUACGUUGACGGCCGAUGGUACGAGAUCUCGCGGUACGAUCAACACUUCGAGAAGGACUGUGACUGCGGGUACGCCACGUACACACCGCAGGCGGAUGGGUCGGUGCGGGUGCAGAACUGCUGCGAACGGUUGCCCAACACAACGGUCAAGUGUAGCAUCGGCAAGGCGGUGGUUAGCUAUCCGGACGUGUUCCCGCUGGAAGGCAGGUUUAAUGUCACAUUCGGUGGACCACCGAAAACCUCCAACUACUGGAUCCUGGACACGGACUAUGACAACUACGCGCUGAUCUACUACUGCAAGAAUCUGUCCGAGAGCAAGUCGGCCGAAGCGGCCUGGGUACUGUCGAAGCAGCGAACGAUCCAUCCGUCGGUGCAGGACACUGUCAACGGGCUGGUGGACAAGUACUUUGUGCGACAGGAUAUGCGCAUCACGGAGCAAAGUCAGGCAAAAUGCAAAUAUGACACAAAUGAUUGCUUGCAGUGGUUUACAUUUUACCCGAAUUUAUCACUUUCUAAGUCAAACGGGGCCCUAGUGACCUUCACACGAACAGAAAAGGGGCGUCUAAUUGCCAAACUUGCUAAAAGUGAACAGCGCGCAGCCAGGAUGAAAACGUUCCCUUGUUGGAUGAUCGCGAUGGCGUACCUGUGGUGUGCCGUCGAUGGAAGUCAAGGAGGUCUGCUCACCCUCUCCUGCAUGACGUUUGAGGAGGAUUAUAACUUUAAAGAGGAUAAGUUCGAUGGUACGUGGUACGAGGUGCGGCGGCUGAGCGAUCCUAGCGCCACCCAGCACGAGGACUGUGUGGUGAUGAACUACAAGCUCGGCGAGCAGGGCAGCUUCGAGAUACGGCAAUCGUACCAGGUGGGCGACGAGAGCGAACCGAUCUACCGGAGUGGCAGGGCCGAACCGAAGGUCUUCCAGGACGCUCGCAUUCCCAAGUUUUUCGAGCGCUUCAACACGACCGAUCCGGCCGAUCCGGACAUCUCGAUCGACAUCGUAGCGACGGACUACAGCAGCUACGCGGUCGUGUACUCCUGCACCUCGAUCAAUUCCACGCACCAUCUCGAAUCGGCCUGGGUACUGUCGCGCCAACCGGCACUCGCGAAGAAUGUGGUCGAGCUGGUGAACCUCUUCCUGGAGUCGCGCUUCACCCGGCCCGAUCACAAGUGGCGUGCGACGAUACAUACGGCCGACUACUGUAAGCCCACGUCCGUCGAGGAGCUGCCGAUGUACGCGGGCGCGGGCACUCGCACCAUCCUUAGCAUGCCGGCCGUCCUGCUGGGAAUGCUGCUGGCUGUGCUGCUUCACCACUAAGCAGCAUCCCUUCAUUCAUGUUUUAUCUCGCACCCCUCCCCCUAGUCAUAGUGUACGUGUGCGCGCGCCUCGUUAGUGUAAGCUCUUGCAUGUAAACCCCACCAAGGCUGUAUGAAAAGUGAAGUAAACUAUGUACCACGAUCACUGGCCCAGUGCCAGUUCCGCUUGGGCAAAA